UGUAUUAUAGAGGCUUUUCACCUGAGCCAUCCUACCCGAGGUCUGGUAUGUUUCGUCCCAGUGGGAAAUCAAUCUACAGUAAGUACCAAGCCUGGCCUUUAAAAAAAAAGGUUUUAAACAACAUAUCUAAAGAACCAGCUUACCAUAAUGUUAACUUUACUUUCACAAUUUAGUGCACAGAAAGGAGUAUGCAGAAUCAAUCAGCAGACAGCCAGACAACUUUGAGCACAGAGUGGAGGUAAGAGGAAAUUCUAUGAGUUCAUGAGGAAAUUUUAAAAAGUUUGUGAAGGGCUACACUUACCAGUUGAAAUAAAUAAAAUCUAAAAAGGAUGGUCAGUAAUGUGGUGCAAAAACCAGCUGCUACUGUACCCUUUCAGUCCUUCGGAUGAGAUGUUAAACUGAGGUCCUGACUCUCUGUGGUCAUUAAAAAUCCCAGGACACUUCUCGAAAAAGAGCAGGAGUGUAACCUCGGUGUCCUAGCUAAAUUCCCCCAUUGGCCCUUAUCGAUCAUGGAUUCCUAAUCAUCCCCAUCCAUUAACUGGCUCAAUAACUCUACUCUCUCCACCAAUAGCUGGUGUGUGGUGAGCGUACUGGCGCACUAUGGCUGCUGUCGUAUCAUCCAGGUGGAUGCUGCACACUGAUGGUGUUUAAGAAGAGUCCCCUGUUCACUGUGUAAAGCGCUAUAUAAAUGUAACAUUAAAUCAUUCAUUCAUUCAUUCAUUCAUUCAUACCCUUAUAUUUCAUAAUCUCAGUUUCCCUUAACAAGUCUGUUAUAUUUUUGAUUACUGCAUAUUACAUAUUACAAGGCAGAAUUACAGACUCAUAAUCUUUUAGAGCACAGUAAAACCAUAUAACCAACACUCAGUUUCACUUUACACUGCCCUUAAAAGCCAAAACAUCUAUAAUGAAGCAACACUGAAUCUGAGCAAAACUACUUAAAAGUUAAAUGGUCAUCUAGCCAAUGGCAGAUUGUAAAGUAGUCUCAUUCUGUUUUCUCUGAAUCUGAGCAUAGUUGAGUGAAACUUAUCUGUCAACAGACUGGUCAUAGUAUAAAGAGUCCUGAUUUCACUACAUUUUGACAAGAUGUGAUGUUACUGCAUAUUGCCUUUGCAUCCCUGCUGAAAAAACCAGCCUGGCUAGUCACCAGCUUAAGUUGUGUUUUGGGUGCUGGUCCUCCAGCGUAGGAUGCUGGUGUGUUUGUCCCCAGCAGGUUUUGAAACUAGCUUAACCAGCUUCAUCAAAAAGACCAUGCUGGUUGACCAGCUUCAUCGGUUAGGUUUUGCUGGCGAAAAGCAUGGCCAGCACCAAACCAGCAUAAACCAGACUAGCAUGGGAAUUGCAUGCUGGUUCAGCUGGUCUUUGUAGCAGGGAUGGCAGUACAACAGAAUAUGGUAUGUUACAUAAAACAAGACAACAUCUAAAGUUUAUCUUCCAUGGUAAUAUUUAAAUUUUACUCAAACUUGAUGCUGUUGCAACACUUUCUUCUCUUCUCGUUUCCAAGCACCUGCUCACCUGUGAGGUAGAUGGCAGAGAGUUGAGCAGCACUGAAGACUGUGUGAACAAACUGAAGAAUCUGGACAGUAAAGGAAAAGUGUGGGGUCAGGAGAUGAUCAUGCAGGUCCAGGGGAACCACUUACAGCUGUGUGACAUAGAGACCAAGUGAACUCUUACUCUGUUUCCUGGGAUUGUAGGAGGUUUUGGAGUCUAUGAAUCUGAGUAGCAUCAAGAAGACGAAAGCUGUGCUGAACAGCUGUGUGCAUGACUCCCUUCUCAUUAUCAUGGUUCAGGAUUACAGCCAAAGAACUCCACAGGCCUUUCUGUUCCAGUGCGAGGAGGGAGGGGCUCAGGGGGUGAUAAAUGAUCUGGACCAGGCAAUAGUGCAAGGUGGAGAGGACUUCACCAAGGAACCACAAAUGGACAUCAGGAGCCACUUGGAAAGCAUCAUUGGCCAGGGUUUUCCAGGGAGUAUCAAAAGACCAGCUAUCUCACCUAUGGCAUCUGUCCCCCUUCCCCCAGAGCAGCUCCUUCCACAGUUCAACAGUUAUGAAGACUAUGAGGACAGAUGGCCUUCACCCACUAUGCCAGCUUCUAGAGAUGAGCAAUACAGCCCAAUGCGCUUCGAGCGGGAGCAGACUCCACCUCCAUACACUGACAUGGAAAGAAAUGCGGAAAUCUUUAACCAUGUAGCUGCCGACAUUGAGAUCUUCACAGAAAAAGUUGUCACCACUUUGCCAAGCGAUAAUGGAAACAAGAAAAAGAAAGGAAAAAAUGCAAGAAAACAAGUUGUAAAUCUUCCUUCCAUGGAGGAGUACAUGUCCUGUCUACAGAAAAUAAAGUAUGGAUUCAAUCUCUUGGGAAAGCUAGAUGGUCACCUUAAAAGCCCUCCUUCUCCUGAGUUUGUUCACAGUCUCUUCUCUUCUCUUGGUUUUGUGGUGGGUCAGUAUCCACCCAACAUCCCUUCCACAGUGCUGAGUCCCAUGCUCACAGAAAAAGCCUUGCAGCUCCUGGGAACUGUUGUCACACCAGAGGAGGACCGACUAUGGGGCAGUUUAGGAGACUCCUGGAAUGUCCCUAGAUCCAGUUGGCCAAAUGGGGAUCAGAUCCCUCCGUAUUAUCCUGUAUUUUACAAUGGGUGGGAGCCCCCUCCACCUGUCCCUACCCAGUCACCCCCCUCAAGCAGGCAGCCAUCACGGAGCAACAGUGAGCGGUUCCCACCCAGGAACGUCAUGCAGAGGCCACCUGAACAGGGCAACAGACCCUGGAGCGCCCCACCCACUCGGUCAGCAGAGCCGCCACUUUACAUGAGGGUGAUCUAUGACUUUAUGGCAAGAAACAGUCAAGAACUGAGUGUGCUGAAGGGUGAUGUGGUGCAGGUAACCGAUAAGUCCAGGCAGUGGUGGAAAGUCAAAAACAGCCGUAAUGAGGAGGGCUAUGUGCCUCAGAAUGUUCUAGAGCCUGUUGAUGGCAAAGCGCCAACAGUUGGACCUACUUAUUUUCAGCAGAAUAUGAGAGGACCUCCAUUUUUGGACAUGAAAUCCAGACCUGAUGAAGUCAGAGCCUGGUUACAGUACAAAGGCUUUUCUAAAGCGGCAGUUCAGAGUCUUGGGGUGUUUAAUGGAGCGAUGUUGCUGGGAAUGAAACUAGAUGAUAUCAGAGCGAUAUGUCCAGAGGAAGGAGGUCGUGUUUUCUUCCAGCUGCAGAGUGUCAGAUCUACUAUUGCACUUGCCAGCGAGGCAGAAUACAGCCAAUAUGGUGCCCGCUAAUUAUCUGAGCAGGCUGGAACAUUUUUCUUGGCGAGAACCUGAACGUGUCUGGACCUGAAUAAACAAGAGCUAUGCAGAGCACUUGACAACAUUUCCAUUCAUUUUUAAACAAGAAAUGCCUGAUGCCUGUAGGUUGCUUACUGUUAGAGAAGCUAAAUGACACUAUUGUCUCUAGAUGCAAAUGAUAUAUACAUUUAAGACAUUUUAUUUAUUUUAUAUCCAGAUUUUUCCAUUAAACAUCAAUCUCCCUGGGGUGGUGGUCACCUACUGUUUAAUGAUAUAGACACUUAACAUUAUGUUCAUUGCAAAGGUGAUCCAGGAGCUAGAGCUAUUAUAAUCUUGCUUUUAGCCACCUGAUUCAGGCACUAACUAUAAGGCCUUUGUCAUUGAUGUUGUGUAUUGUAGACACUUUGAAAGUAUUUGUUAAAUGAAAGCAAACAAAAUCUGUAACUCUAUGAUUGAUCCUGACACUGUAUACAAAUUGAGUAUUGUGUUGGAAUAAAUGCUUAUUAUUUACAUAAAUGCCAUUUUUGAAAAUGUGUCACUUUUUCUCUUUUGAUUCUUAGAACUGCUUAAGUCUACCCAGUCCUGUAAUAUGGACUGCUGGAUGUCCAUGACACCUCUGAGGCUGAAAAAAAUUAAUAUUUAUUUUGAUACUGAAUGCAAGUUUGUCGAAUAUUAAAAUGCAAUCCAUUUAAUUUGUCAUCAUCAAUUAAGGACAUUUUUGAAAUUCAAUGAACAAAAAAGGUUGACUCAAAUUAAAGUAUUGCAUUUAAUGUUUAUUCUGUGUUGUUACAAUUCUUAUGUAAAGACUUCAAACAGCAAAAUCUCUAAUAAAACAGUGAAAUUGCUUUUUCU